UCGGCCGCGGGCCGGGGGUGGGGACGGAACUUGGGCGGGGCGUCCCCAAGUGCGGUGGAGGCUGGCGGCCGCUGGACAUGACGGCCGGCGGCCAGGCGGAGGGCUCGGGCGCUGAUCCCGGCUCCGUGGGGCUGCCUUCCCGGGCGGCCAAGCUGCUGUCCGCGCUCUUCUAUGGGACCUGCUCCUUCCUCCUCGUGCUGGUCAACAAGGCGCUGCUGACCACCUACCGUUUCCCAUCGCCAAUUGUUCUUGGAAUUGGACAGAUGGCAGUUACCAUAAUGAUACUGUAUGUGUCCAAGCUAAAUAAAAUAAUUCACUUCCCUGAUUUUGACAAGAAAAUUCCUAUAAAGCUGUUUCCUCUGCCUCUUCUCUACAUCGGAAACCACAUAAGCGGAUUAUGGAGCACAAGUAAAUUAAGCUUACCGAUGUUCACCGUACUCAGGAAAUUUACCAUUCCACUUACUUUACUCCUGGAAACCAUCAUACUUGGGAAACAGUAUUCCUUGAACAUCAUUGUCAGUGUCUUUGCCAUCAUUCUUGGUGCUGUCAUAGCAGCUGGUUCUGACCUUGCUUUUAACUUGGAAGGCUAUAUUUUCGUGUUCCUGAAUGAUCUCUUCACAGCAGCCAAUGGAGUUUAUACCAAACAGAAAAUGGACCCAAAGGAGUUAGGGAAAUACGGAGUGCUUUUCUACAAUGCUUGCUUCAUGAUAAUCCCAACUCUUAUCCUUAGUAUCUCUACUGGAGACCUUCGACAGGCCACUGAAUUCAACCAAUGGAAGAAUGUUCUAUUUAUCAUACAGUUUCUUCUUUCCUGCUUUUUGGGGUUUCUGUUGAUGUACUCCACAGUUUUGUGCAGCUAUUACAAUUCAGCCCUGACCACGGCGGUAGUUGGAGCCAUCAAGAAUGUGUCCAUUGCCUACAUUGGGAUGUUAGUUGGUGGAGACUACAUUUUCUCUGUGUUAAACUUUGUGGGGUUAAAUAUUUGCAUGGCAGGGGGCUUGAGAUAUUCCUUUUUAACUCUAAGCAGCCAGUUAAAACCUAAACAACCUGUGGACGAAGAAAAUAUCCCUCAAGACUUGAAGGGCUAGAAUGUGGGGCAGAAUUGCCAACUGGCUUGCAGACUGGGGGCAUGGGGAAGGGUUGCCAGCUGUUCUGGUUGUGGCUUCCUAUGCCCCGCCCCCGGCCCCGCCCCUGGCCCCGCCCCCGUUAGGGCGCAACAGAAAGGUCUGCAAAAUACAGAGACAAUCUACCUCAUGUGCUGCAUAGGGAGCCAUCCUGAGCCCUGAGAAAUGCGUCUGGGCGAAGCCUUACCAGCUGAAAGUGUAUCUUCUCAAAGAAGCCAUUGGUGAAAGGGAUUGUUUCCAAGGCACUCUGCAUGGGCAGAGCCCCGACCACACGUCUGUGCUGUCGCUGCUGUGACCAGAGUGCUUCAGAGGAGGUAAAAGACUGAUACUGUGAGGGUGCUUAUCCGCACCUUGGCCUUAAUUUCAAAGGUCCCAGCCAAAGCAGCGUGCCAGUGAGAACAUUUUUCCAGUGUAACCAGACAUAUCUUUAAUACAAUCAGCUGCUGAACUGCCAGUAAAGUUGUUAGCUUUGAUUUGAUCCUCUAUGUUGAUCUUUUCCCAGUCAUCAAAGUAAAAUAAAAGAUAAUUUAUUGGCAUGCCUCA